AAAAAAACAGAGGAAGGGAGAGAGAGAGCCAUAUCUAUCUUCUGCGGGUUUCUUCUUCUUCUUCACUUGUGGCCAUAACAUAACAGGAAGACCACUCCUUCACUGAAGAAGCUCCUCUUCUCUGCUUUUCCUGCACUCAUUCAUUCAUUCCAUCUGAGUAGAAGAAGAGGAAGAAUCUUGAUUAUCCUUCAAUGGCUAAUUCUCUGUGUUAUGCUCCCACUUGUGCUCUUAAACCUGCAGCUAAACCAGGGAUAGUCGCUGGCAAUUCGGCUGCCGGAAGGAUUCUUAGGAUAAAUGAGGUCUUUGGGAACAGUAAAAAUGCAAGAUUUCAGUCUCUGGAAGUGAAGGCUACAGAGAAGGGUCAAAGUGCCAAGAUAAACAGCAUUGUUUGCGCCGACUGUGAGGGAAAUGGUGCCAAGCAGUGUACCCAGUGCAAAGGUACUGGAGUAAACUCCGUCGACCACUUCAAUGGACAAUUUAAGGCUGGUGGAAUAUGUUGGCUCUGCAGAGGGAAAAGGGAAAUAUUGUGCGGGAACUGCAAUGGAGCCGGCUUUAUGGGUGGAUUCAUGAGCUCACUUGAUGAUUAAAGUCGUUCUCUUGUCCAAUCGAGCCUCAACUGCAAUUCCUAUCUUUUACAUAACGAUUUUCUUGAUUGAAUGAGAUCUGUUGUUGUAGAAUGCUCACUGAGAGUUCUGUCAGACUCCUAAAGGAAAAAUAUUAUCUGUUUCGGUGGCUUUUGUUCAGUUUUUUGUCAAAACAGUUCAGCUCUUGACAUGAAUGCCUAUAAAAGCUGUUUCUUAUCUUAAUGUCAA